CAUCUUCUUCCAUUCUCCUCGCCCUCAGUCUCACCCGUCCACUCUUGCGCCAAAUUAUCAAUUCAUGCAUCACUGCUCUCCCUCUGCUCUGCUCUCUACCCUCUUCGCCAUGCCCUCAUCCCGCCCAUGUUUAUGAUAUACCGCGUCUCCACUCCUUCUCUUGUUUCCAUCUGAUUUCGCCGUCAUAUCUUCGUUCAUGGAUAUUUCAUGGCUGAACCUCAAGACUCCAUCACCACCUUUAGCGGUCGCCGCUGUACGCGCACUCGACGUCUUGAUCCCACAUCUCCCAUCUCGUCCAUCACAAUCACUAGUAGCUCGCUGCUGGGCAUGGCGCCGACUUCGGUGGUAGCAGGCAGCUCUGCGCAAUCCGCUCCGUCAUCCAGACAGGAGGAUCCAUCGUCGGCCACUAUAGCCUCAUUCGCCCCAUUGCAAACACUCGCGCAGACUCCCACACCUUCACGAAAUCUCCCGUCCGUACAGACUGCCCCCGUAUCUUCGGGACAGGAUUCGCCGCCUGGCAAUGCUCAGUCAAGCCCUACAGGUUCGACAGCACCACCAGCGCCAGCAUCAGACCUACUACCAACAACACAAGCACAACCUAGCGAGCAGACUCCACAACUCUUUGUAUUGUCCUCGUUGCAAGCUCCAGAUCCAUCCGUCCGACAGUCGCCUCAGCCGUCCGCUACGACAUCAAGCACGCGCCUAAUCACAUCCAUAUCAUCAUCACCAUCACCGUCACCGUCACCAUCAUCAUCGCAAAGUGGGCCUACAGUAAUUGGCGACGAUACCAACUCCUCUCCUGCAUCUUCAGGUGACGGUCCUUCGUCUCGGCCUCCCAUAUCAGUUCCCAUUGCAGGAGGCGUGGUGGCUGGCUUGGUGGGCAUUGCUCUUGUGGCAGCGUUGGUCUUUCUAUGUUUCAGGCGACGGAGACAAGGCAAAAAUGCGCUCCCACGGAGAGGCGAGGCUGGCGAGAAAGGUGACCAGGCUGGAGAGAUUGAUGAGAUGAACGAUUCUGUAGUCGCAGGUGCAGUACCAAGCCAUGCACGGACCGACUCGAGGGAGAGCGAAAGCACCAACACCGCUGGCAGCCAAAGGAGGAGCCGGUGGUCCCAUUCGACCGGCCUGCCUCCAAACUCUCCACGAAGCCGCGCAAUGAGCGCACCAGUCGCUUUCCGCAGCCGCUUCAACGGCCUCGUCGCAGGCAUCAAAACACGCAUGGACAGAAAGAAAGACUCCCCACCCCUAGGCCACCCUGCCUCUCCAUCGCCCAACACCGAAAGCCUAUACAGCAUCGACGACCCCUUUCUCGACCCAAUCCAACCACUCCGUCCUGCCGCCCUCCGCAUCGUCAACCCGGAUACUAGCAAACCUUCAACCCCUAUACCCAAAAACAACACCUCCCAACCCAUCAUAUCCUCCACCACCAUCACGACGCCAACCCGCUCCCCUCUCCGCAACCCCUUUGCAGAUCCAUCGAGCCCUCAAGGCACCACGCCAGAAUAUCUCCGCCACCCAGGCCACUCUCGCACGCAAUCCCUCCAAACAGCUCUCCACUCCCACCCGCCCACACCUCACGCAACAUCCUUUCAUUCCGCCUCUCUUCAGACUCCCAAUCCCAACGCUGCCGACUACCCACAUCCAUCAUACUCAUAUCCCUAUCCCACGCCUCACCUCUCUCCCGCCCCCUCCUCACCCCUCCCAAACACACAUCUCCACCCCGCCGUCCGUCCUCUCUUCACCCCCCACCCCUCACCCCACCCAAUCGACUCCACUCGCACAAGCAUGACAACCCCAUACCUAUCUACCGCACGGCGCGUCCGUGGGAAGAGCGAUCCCUUCGACCUCGACAGGCCCGAGGUCUUGGGCUUUGGCAACGUGAGCGGCCGGCGGGAGGUGCAGGAUAGCGUGACGCGGCCUGCGCUGGCGGGCGUGCGGAAGAGUAGUACGCCUGGCUGGGGUGUUGCUGGGGGGCCUGAGGCGUCUGGAAAUCGCGGGAGCAGAGCGAAUGUCGGUAUGGCGCGGUGAAUGAAUGCAUGCAUGCAUGCACACACGAAAACCCGGGUGGUGUGCACAAGGUGGCUAAUUAGCUGGAUGGCGUAUAUAAUGGUUACGUGCAUGACGUGACGGAGAUUAGGGUAGCGGUAGCGGGAGUAGAGAGCAAAGUGCUGCGGGCCAGGUCUUUGAUUUCUUCGU